CGUCCAUUACUUCCUCCCAUCGCACCACAGCAUGCGGGGCGCAAAUGUUUGGUGCUUGACUUGGACGAAACUCUUGUGCAUAGUAGUUUCAAGUCGCUUCAAAACGCUGAUUACGUGGUGCCUGUUGAGAUCGAGUAUCACUGGCAUAACGUUUACGUUAUCAAGCGUCCGGGAGUUGAUAACUUCUUGAAGAAAAUGGGUGAAAUCUACGAAGUCGUCGUAUUCACUGCCAGUCUGAGCAAGUAUGCAGACCCAGUUUUGGACAAGCUCGACAUCCAUCAUGUUGUAACCCACCGGUUAUUCAGAGAGAGCUGCUACAACCAUAAGGGUAACUACGUUAAGGACCUAUCGCAACUUGGGCGGCCGAUAGCGGACACUAUCAUCCUGGAUAAUUCACCCGCUUCAUACAUCUUCCACCCCAACAACGCCGUGCCCGUGUCGUCAUGGUUCAACGACCCACAUGACACAGAGCUUACGGACCUUUGUCCUUUCCUCGCCGACCUUGGCGAGGUACCGGACGUGCGGGGCGUCCUCGACGGCGGGCUCUAA